AUUAAUGUCGUAACGGGCCAAAGGCUGUGUGAGUUAUGCUAAUUGUCUUAAAACAUAUCUCUGGGACGCAAUUAAUAAAAAAAUUGUGCCAUUACGAAGGUCAUAGCCGCUCCAAUUAUAAGCCUCUUAAUGCCUUUGAGAUAUCUCUAAAGUCACGACGUACGCUCUUGAAAACAAACACCGAAUAGAACUGAUUUGCGUGAAAGGUGUGGCACGAGUAGGUGGAGUUAAAACAAGAAGAAACGCGUCGUUUGGUUUUUGUUCUUGUCAAACUUUUUGUUCUUUUUUUCGCAAGUAUACUGUACACCUUUGACGUGUAUAACGCUACCCAAACAUCUCGACGACAGGAAGUGUACCUCAUCAGCAACAACACACACACACAAAAAAAGACGUACUAAUUAAUAAAGUUUAGCAUGUUUUCUUUUCCUUUUUCUUGGAAAUGGAUUGGUAUUCUUUCUUUUUUUUGCUACUCGUCUUGAUCCGUCCUAGACAUGGCCGGGCGAUAUAGAGGGACGGUGAAAUACGAAGAAAAAAAAAAUCAAUACCGCACAUGCGGCGCGUUAUGCGCUUGCAGGAAGGGUCGCUGGAAUAGUAAAAAAAAGUGGGGGGAGAGAGAGAGAGAAGAAGAAGAAGAAGAAGAAAAAAAAAAUAGCACAUAAGCCAAGCUCUUUUUAUUAUUUUACAAUCUCCUUUUUCCGUCAUCUUUCGUUUGGGGAACAUUCAAUUGAUAAGACGAAAAUGCUGUUACGAAAGGCCAAUUAAAGAAAUAAGGAGGGAGGAGGAAAAAAAAGCUGCGCUGCUUGACGGACAAUUCCAAAAACAAAACACGACUAGGAGGAACUUGUUGGUUGUCAAUGACAAACGAAAAGGCCAGGCAGCUCCUCGCGUUAUGCAAUAGAUGUACGACUGGCAGAAUUGAAUAACAACAACGCAUUCGGGGUCGGAUUUGCGUAAGGGCAUUUUCCUUUUUCAUCUUUCUUAGGUUGUACUGAAUAUGAGAUUAAUAUUUUUCCAUUUCAUUUUGCUUCUGUUUUCUCGAAAGCAGGAUUCCUUUUUUGUGUUUGUGUGUUUUGUUGUUGGCUGUUGAAAAAACAGGCCGAGAGAGGGAGGCGCGUUCGGCAUGGAGAACGGCCGUGUAAAGCAAAAAAAAAAAAAAAGAAAUAAAAAGGGAAGAAGACGUAGGUGAUGAAAGGAAGUUGAAAAGGGCGGAAAAAAAGAAUAAAUAGCCUACAGGAGUAGAAGAAGCGAGCCAACAACAGUAAGAAAGAAAAAAAGUUCUCUUUAUUAUUAUUAUUUUUUUUUUUUCGUGACCGGCGCAUUGCUGUCAGUCAGCCGAUGAAGGGAGGCCAGAAAAAAAAAAAUCAAGCCGCUUCUGUCUGUGCUCGAUGGGUGUAUAUCUUGUUCUCUGUUCGUUCUCCCGAAUAUUGUGGGGCAAAGAGAGAGAGAACGAAACGAAGGAAGAUGGGGAAUGUGAACCAAACCCCUCGACUACUAACCCGAAAAGCGACUGCAAAGGCAAGCCAAAAAGGUUCGGGAUACCAUAAGAGCUUUCCUACUUCGUUCGUUUCUCUCUCUCCCUGGUUCUUGGGUGUGUACGUACGUACAACUAGGCGCUACAAAACGUAAGGGGAGAGGAGAGACGGUCGUGCAAGUCCUGCCGUUCGCGCCAUUCGUGGUGGCUUAGUGUUGCUGGGCGGCAGCGUGAAAAAUGACGAGCCCAACGACUGGCCGUUUUUGAGACGUAGCGUUCAACAACUCAACGACAAGAGUGUUAACCCCUUCGGACCACUUUCUCAGCCGUGUGACACGCGUUUCUGUUUUGUUGUUGUUGCUGCUGCAACUCUUGAUCUCUCUGGCUGCUGGUUUGGAUGUUUUCGAAUUCGCCCGCCUCCCCAAAAACAAAAAAUUGUGGACUACACACUUUUCGCAUUGUGUUUGCUCGUCUUUUGGAGCGUUCACCCCAAACGGAUAGUGCAACGUGAUUUUUUUUUUUUUUUAAUGAUCGUUCGUUUAUAUUUCCAUUUUUAAAUGGUUUUUCUUUACUCUUUUGUGGAAGGAUAAAAUAAGAAACACGCAUCGUUUGUCAACCGGUACGUCCGUGCACGUGAGUUUAUCUGUCCGUGUCGCCGAGUUUUCUUUUUACCGUGUCGAUAGAACGUCGAUAAAACAAAUAUAUCCGUGACCAAAAAAAAAAAGGAAAAGAAAAACAGCAAGAAAACUCCCUCCCCCCCUUUGAAAAAAAACUAAACUAAAACGGACCUUAAAAACCUAUACAUGGUUGUGCUGAACGGGAAGCAGAAAGCGGCGCUUGUCUGGUCUCCGGCGCCGGAAGCAGCUCAUGCGCAUGUCUCCAAGCCCAGUCCGAAUAGCGGAUCAGCUGGAACUCCGCCUACACCGGCACAGACUCCCGUUGGCGUCGGCGGAGGAUCUACCGGUGGACAACAGCAACAGCAGCAUCAGCAGCACAACAACAAUAACAAUCACCAACAUCCUGUUGCACCUCAUCAUCAUCAUCACCAUCAGACUCACAACCACCACGUUGCUCAUCAUCACGGUCCGUCCGCGUCUUCCAUCAACAACAACAACAACAAUCCUCCAACAUCUUCGCAGCCUCAGGCUGGUUUGAUGCACUGGAUGUCCGUCAUGGCGGAGCACAUGACGAGCGCCAAUCCGCACCAUCACGACGUCCACUACAUGUGGAAUGGCGUCGAGAGUAAAAUGAGCUCGUCCGACCAGAGUAACAGUACCGGUUCUUCCAUGCAUCAAAAAGGUGGAACUCUGGAUCAGGACGGACGAAUGGAAGGUGGAGUCUCACUUUCACACGGUCCUCCUGUUGUCGUCGGACAACUUGGCUCGGCAUCUGCCGCCAAUUUGUACGGCGUCGGAGGCCCUCGAUCGACCACGUCGGCGUCGACGAGCAGCUCGUCAUCGCAGUCGCCGCCGAUCGCGCCCAUCGUUUCUUCCGGUUCGACAGCCGGGGGCAAAAUGUCGGGAUCGACGUCCAACGGGGGAAGGAAAUACCAAUGCAAGAUGUGCCCACAGAUUUUCAUGGCCAAGUCGGCGAUGCAGAUGCACGCCCGGGACGCCCACCGGAGCGAAACGAAGCCGCACCAAUGCCAGCAGUGUCUCAAGUCGUUUUCGUCCAACCACCAGCUGGUGCAGCACAUCCGCGUCCACACGGGCGAAAAACCUUAUCGUUGCUCUUAUUGCGAUCGCCGUUUCAAGCAGCUCAGUCACGUCCAGCAACACACUCGCCUUCAUACAGGUGAAAGACCUUACCGUUGCCACGUGCCGGAAUGCGGACGAGCCUUCAUCCAGCUGUCGAAUUUGCAGCAACACCUUCGCAAUCACGAUGCCCAGCUGGAGCGGGCCAAGAACAGGCCGUUUCAGUGCGCCAUAUGCGGCAAAGGCUUCGCCACCGAGUCCUCUCUGCGCACCCACACGGCCAAGUCGAAAAAGAGUCGUUGCGGUUUGAAUUCUUCGUUGGAGGAAGACUCUGAAUCGCGACGACAUUCGCCACAGUGUCGAAUGCACGCGGCCCUGAUUGGCGGACCCAACACGACCUGCUGUUCUCUGUGCCACAAGCUCUUCCUCGGCAACGAGGCCCUCAUGGAACACAUGAAACACGUUCACAAAGACGUUGUGGCCGCCGCUUCGGCCGGCACGUCCUCCAUGACCGGUAAGAAAUGCGAAGGAUCGGCGGCGACUAGCGAAAGUUCGGCCGGCUCGUCGAUGUUGAUGCCCCAUCAGCACAGUCUGCUUCCGUCGCUGGCCCAUCACGUCCACCAGCAACAACAGUCGGCGUCGGUGUCGUCUCUGCUGGCGUCGCAACAACAUCAACAACAAUCGAACGCGCACCAGCAGCAGCAAAUUAGCAGUAGCAGCAGCCUGUCGGCGUCGCUGAGCGGCCUGGGCGUCGCGUCGGACGUGAUCAACGGCCUGGGCAGUUUGACGGGCGGCGUAGGUGGCGGAUGGGCCGUUUCGGCUCCGGCGCCCAGCGCCGUCAAGCGCCGAGCACCGACGCACGCCUGUCCAGUGUGCGGCAAACACUACGUCAACGAGGGCAGCCUGCGCAAACAUCUGGCCGCUCAUCCGGAGACGGCCCACAUCACCUCCGCCCUGCGCAUGUGGCCCUGCUCCAUCUGUCCGGCUGUCUUUCCACACGAAACCGGCCUAUUAACUCACAUGGAACAAAUGCGCAUGGAACCGAAACAUCAAUUUGCUGCCCAGUACAUGCUGUCGAGAGCGGCUGCCGAGCGGCGAUUUCGAGAGCGAGGAGAUUCACCUGGACCGGGCCCUUCGGCUGGCGCGACGAGUCAUCAUUCCGAUGCUGAUUCCGGACACGGCACGGCCGGAGCCGCGGGUCUUGAAGCCACAUCGACUGGAACGGGAGCCAGUCCGGCUGUCGCGGUAGCUGCAGCUCCUAGUCCGGCUACAGGGCCGUCUUCGGCUCACGCCAGUGUCAUGAACAACAACAACAAUCGGCUGACGAGUCCGAGCGGAUCGUUGGGGCGAACAGCCACCGGAUCGGCCAUGAAUUUGGGCUCUUCUCAAUCAGUUGGUUUCGGCCAAGGGGCGGCCAUGUCAGUGCAACAACUCAACGACGCCAUGCAGCAACAACAACAACAGGGAGGGGCAGCAGCAGCAGCAGCUGCAGCAGCUAAUGGUAACAAUGGUGCUGUGGAUAUGGAACAGGAUGACUCUUCCAGCGCGGCGCUGACGGCCGAAGAAGCGGCCGUGGCACGUCGCCUCCAAGCGGCCGGAGUGGAAGCUGUUUUGAGAUUGGCCGCUGCGUCGGCGUCGGGUGCCCAUAGCCACGGCAGUGGUAUUCACCAUUCAUCGGCUUCUGUCGGUUACACGGACUCCAGGCUGGAACAGGCCAUCCGGCUGCACCAAGCGCUGGGUUUCGCUCUGCCUGGCCAGCCGCAUCCGGCCCUACACCUCCACCAGCAGCAAAUACAGUUCCAGCAGCAGCAGCAGCAACAGCAGCAGCAACAACAACAGCAGCAGCAGCAGCAACAGCAACAUCACCAGCAGCAGCAGCAGCAACAUCAUCAGCAGCAGAGUUUGCAGCAGCAACAACAGCAACAACAAUCUCAGCACCAUCUGGUUGGCCAGCACCUAUCGUCUCAGGCGGCCUACCACCAACAUCAGCAGACCAGCCAACAUCACUUGCAACAACAGCAACACCAGCAGACUCCGCAUUGAUACGAAGUCGUUUGUUGACGUCGUCCCAGUUUGGAACGAGAGACAUCAGAAAACUGCACAAAAUUCAAUGGAAAAAAAAAAAAAGGCAAAUGUUUUUAAACGUAUUCAAAUUGUAUUGUUUCCCACAUUAUUGUUUAUCAUUUUCUCGUUUUUUUGUUGUGAAGAUUUCGAAUUUCCUGAAUAAGGAAUGAAAGAAACAAAACAAAACAAACUCGAAACCUAAUCGUGCACGGUUCAAUGUCCCUUUGUAAAGUGUCAAUUCAAGAACAUUUUUUUUUUUUUUUUUUUUCUAAUGAAAAGAAGAAGAAAAAUAAGAUUUAAUAGUAAUAAUCGUCUAUUUGUUUCGCGGUAAAACUCUCACGUUCGUCGCGCCUUGACUCAAAGUGUCUCUCUCAUCCCACUGUUUCUUUUUCUUUUCUUUUUUUUCAAUUCCCUGUCCUCCCCAAGUUGAUUCAAUCGUGUCUGUGUGUGUGUGUUUGCAUUAGGAGGGAAGAGGAAGCCGAUGUAAUCUGUUUUCCUCCGGAAUGAAAGCAAAGAGAACAAGAUAGGAAGAACGUGUCUGCCAAGACAUCCAGCAGCUUCUACAAUAUGCUGUUUUCAACAACAACAAAAAAGGUGGGGGGAGAUCAUUUGAUUUCUUUGAAACGAAACCGAGUUGUGUGUUCUCUUUUAAAAAAAAAAAAAAAAUGUUAUGUUUCAUCAUACUUUACUUGUACCUAUACCGGGCCACUAUCCGAUGUCAUGGCUAGAUUAUUUGUGUAACUGAUAUAUUUCUGUGUUUUUUUGUUUGUUUUUUUCUAAAUCCUGGUCUCUCUAGAUGUCUCGACUCUCCUAUUGCAUCUUUUCAAAAACAAAAACAAAAAAACAGUGAAUUGUAUAUCAUAAGCAUGGCGUUAAGUUUUAAGGCCCUUGUCCUUUUAUAAUGACGUCCCAAACGGUUUCAAACCUUUUUCAUUCAAUCGGCAUUUUUUUUUUGCCAAUCAUAGACUGGUAUCGUAACAAAAGAAGAACAGGACCGGUGUUUACUCUCUCUGCCUCUGAUCUUUAAAAGAAAAACACCAAAAUUCGGCUCAUUUGAUAGGGACGUUUCAAUCCAACAGGCAGACCAAUGCGAUACGACGGGUACUUGUAGACGGACACACUUUGAAAUCAUUAUGCCUAUAUUCUUUGUACGAAAGCAGACUUUACUUGUUGACGAGACGGACGAUAGAGCACCUAUUUUAUCCUACAGUCUAGCCCUUAUUCGAACAUUGUCAAUUGUUUUUGUUAUUAUUAUUAUUGCCAUUAUUAUUAUUACUAUUAUCAUCAGUAAUUUUUAUUUUCAAUUCUUUUAACGUAAAGUAUAUCGAUUCCUCCACCCCUGCCUGAUUGAAUUGCUUUGCCUUUGCUGGUAAUCAGAUGCCGACGGAGAUUGUGCUCCCUCUCACGGCACCUCUCUAAAACAUUUUACUUAACUUCGUUCAACAAUUGCUCUGCUGUCCACUCCGAUCCUAACGCUUUUUUUUUUUCCUAUCCGAGACAAUCAUGGAAGUCCAGGAUUUGUAAAAGAAAAACAGAAACAUAAGUCGUCGAUUCAAUGAUAAGUUAACACUACCUGUUAUUUUUUUCCCAUCCUUUUCCUCAGUUUUGCUUCAAACUCAACUUCUCCCGGUGACGUGAACAAAAAGUUUUAAAAAUUUCUUUAUUUAGCGCGGAUCUCAAAAUGAAUUUCCCAUUUUAAAUAGUUUCAGUCGUUCAUAACGCCCAAUACUUUCGUUUAGUCUCCCGGUAAAGAAAAAUAAAAGCUCUAUUAAAAACAUACGUACGUACACUUAAAAUAUCAAGGCCAAUAAAUAAAAAAAAAAAAGAAAAAAUUUGAAUUAUGUGAAGAAAAAAAUAAUGCGGAAUUUUUCUUUCACAAUCGCGAUCGUCAGUUUCGGAUAUGUCCCUCACCUUUUCGUCGUAUUAUAUAUUAUAAUUGAAAUGAGAAGAAAAAAAAUUACUAGUGGAAUUGUGCUGUCCACAUAACUCAAAUUGUGUGUCUUUUAUGUUGGAUGAGAAAAAAAUUGAUUUAAAAUCCUGCGCGUCCCAGUUUCGAAUCGGCGCAUUCUCCCCAUCCAAUCCAAUGAUUGAUGGCUACCCCAAUACGCCCAUUGCGCAGCCAUUGAUUCAAAUUCUAGUAAGUCUAUUUCUUAACGUUUUCGAAUUCUUUGCCCUCCUCUCCUGUCUGACAAAAAAAAAAUAAAUAUGACACAAUUUGAUUCGUGCGAGCUUGAAGCUGGAUCUCGAUGGUGUAACUGAUUGUGUAUGUAAAUGAUGCUAAAAAGCAAAUGCCGAGACUAGAAAAAAACAAACAAAAAAUUCGUGAAAGUGCGUCGUGAAAGGAAACAAACAAAAAUGGUCCCGUUUAUUAUAAAUAUAAAAAAAAAAAAAAAAAGUAAAAGCCUGUUGCCAUGUUCUUUUCGUAAACUCUUGGAAGGAGACAAAAACCCAAUGUUCACGUACAUUUUUCAUCGGGGAAAAAUGGAAAAACAAAAAAGACAUUUUCAAAGCUUUGUAUUACGUUCGUGUCAUAAUCUUGCGUUAAAAAAAAAAUGUAUCUUUUUCUCUCCCUGCCCCCCGCCAUCCAAAAAAGAUGUGUUUGAUAGCUGCCGACAACACUGUUACGUCUUCAAUUUUUUUGUUUUUCCUCCACUACACAGCCGUUUGUCCCUCUUUUUGUCGACUUGUGUUACAUCGUGGCCCACAAAAGGUAAAAAAACAAAACAACAAACAGUAUGAACAUUUUCUCAUCAAAAUCUUAUGGCUCUGUGUUCCUACAUACGUUAGCCCCUCCCCAUUUUUGUGCGCAAUUUUUAUUUUAUUAUUUUUUAUCUUUUUGUUCACUGUGUCUGUCUCGUUGAUCGUGUCCGUGUAAUAGUUGACAAGACAAGUGGAAUAAACGAAAAUUGAAAAAAAAAAAAA